GGGCAGUCUUAGCAUUUUAUCUGUGCAUUGUUUAAAAUACUCUUUAAAUUAUUAUAACUCAUAAUUUUGAGGGUUAUUUCAUAAGUAUCUACAUGACCCUGUUCUUCGGGUUGUAGAUAAAGUAAUUAUGCGACAGAAAGAUACGUCUGGCAUAAGGUUCUGGGAAGAUGAGUAGGAUUUACUCUAUUUUGUCAUUUAGAAGGCAAUUUGCCAGUACAUUGCACCAUGAGAUGAAGAAAUCAUCCGGAAUGCCAGCUGCAAGUGAAAGACCAUUAUACAGAAAUGCAUUCGAUAGAGCUGAUAAUCCUAAGUUAUGGUUAAAGGAUACUACGAAGUACAAUCAUCCAGAACCGGUAAAAACUCUAGGUGAUUUGCUAGUGCCUCAUGGACAUGGCCAUUUAUUCGGCAACAGCGGCUCUACACGCUAUGCGCAUUAUGUUAAUGUAUGGGAACCGACGUUCCCUAAAACUCCAGAUCUGUCAAAAGGUGAGCUCAUUUCAGGUGCGAACUUCACAAGAACAAGCGGAUGGCAUUUUCCUGGGGAACCAGCAAUAGUAUCUGUUGGUAAACUAGGACCUGCUAACCAACGAGCAGUAGGAUAUGCUGAAAAUGCAGCUGUUCCCGAGUCUAUAAGCCCGGACGCUUUUCCAGAUUUCAGGGAGUAUAGAAUUCCAAAUGGUGCCGACAGGAGGGCUACCAUCUAUCUGAUGACCGCCACUGUAUUUUUCUUUAUUAUGGCGUUUGCAAGAACACUUGUUUGCAAACUUAUCCACUAUUUCUGGUUGUCCAGAGAUGUAGCCGCUAGUGGAGCGCUUGAAGUUAAUGUGGGUCAGAUGCUACCUGGUGACCAGGUUACGGUAAAAUGGAGGUCAAAGCCAGUUUUUAUUAGAAGGCGCACACCCGAAGAUAUAGCCAGAGCUAAGAAAGAUGACGAGCUACUUGACAGCAUGAGGGAUCCAGAAUUGGAUGAAGAUAGAAACAAGAAUCCUGAAUGGCUAAUAAAUAUCGGAAUAUGUACACAUUUGGGAUGUAUUCCAACCAAAGGAGGCAACUAUGGAGGGUUUUUCUGUCCAUGCCACGGAUCACACUAUGAUGGAUCUGGACGUAUCAGACAGGGCCCUGCACCAGCAAAUUUGGAGGUGCCUCCCUACAGGUUCAUAGACGACAAUACCAUCCGUUUGGGAUAAAUAAUACCCUAUAGUAUCACUUUACUCAUAAUCAGCGUUUAAAAUAA